ACUUCUUGGCAACCCAUAAUUUAAACAUUUGCUACUCCGUAUUAAAAAGGGGCUUAGAUUGUCGGGAACCGCGAUUCCAUCUUCACUUCACCGGAGUUUUAGUGGGAAGAUGCCUAAAAAGAACAAAAAUCUGGAUCCAAAAUCUUUACCUGUGGGGAAUCCUGUGAAGGAGAAGACGUUGAACUCAUCCUCUUCGACAUCGAAAAAGCUGAAACGCAGCAACGAAAUCGAUGAAAUAUUUGCCGGAAGGAAGAGGAAGACACCCGAGAUAGCCGCCGAAGCGGGAGACGCGCAUGUAAAGCCUAAAAAGCCUAUGAUUAAGAGAAAGGACAAAAAACCACUCGAUGAUAACAGGCCGGUAUCCGGGUCAAGGCCAAAAAAGAGGACUGGCGAUGGUUUCACUAUUUAUACGGAAGAGGAAUUGGGUAUCAACAAAGCUGAGGCUGGAGGUACUCGUUUUUGUCCGUUUGACUGUAACUGUUGUUUUUGAGUUCUUUUUGCUUUUAUAGCGAAAUUUGAAUGGAAGAAUAUAAACCCUUUCGUUUUGUAUUUACGGAAAGUUUAGGAAUUUCCCCUAAUGAGUCUUCAGAUCCAUCCCUGGAAUUGCAUUUUUUAUUUGAAUGUUUGUAAGAAAUAGAGUAAAACGUGUGGAAUUAAUUACUACCGAACAAUGGCAGCAAUUUCUGUUGAUCUGAUUUUCGAGAUCUAUUUGGUAAGGCCAGCUGAAGUGCUUGCUCAAUGUAAAUAGUUGAUGAAAGUUGUAACAAAAAAAAAGUUCAUGAAAACAAUGUUAGAAC